GUACCAGAUUACUCGCCCAUUCUACUUUCCUUUCUGCUUUUGCUGGUGGGGUCUCCAAUUCAACAUUGCUCAACGUGCUCAGCCAUCUUCGUCUAUGGUGGUCUUAUCUAAUUUACUUCACGGCCUUGCCCAGCGUUUCGGACUUCUUCUACGGCGUGAUCAAAUCGUUGAACGGGAGCGGCGAGCAGAAGCUGAGCGGGAACGACUUGGGGAGGCGGAACGAGAUGUGAAUCCUGCUCCAGCUAGUAGCAGCAGUGAAGAGAGCAGAGAGGCGGCAACGGAGGCGGCAAGAUCAUCGUCAUUGACAAAUAGAACAGAAACCUCAUCUGACGUAACUGUGCAAACCGCUUCCAGGACGGAUUCUGAACAAGAAGAGGAUGAGGACGAAAUGGUGCACUUUCCAGAAUACGAUCUAAUUGUUCUCCCUAUAACGACUCCAAGGCUUGCUACAAUAGCCCCCUCAGAAACAAACUUGCUAGCUCCACGUAUAAGGCCUAGAAGACGGAUUCUGACGGAAGUGCCCGAAGCUAUGCGAAGUCAAAGUAGACUUUCUGCCCCAGACUCACUGAUUUCCACACGUUCGGCCCGUGUUCGUUCGCCACCACCGACUGAAGACGAGCACAGUACUGCAGCUGUGACAAGGACAGUCAGCGCCCUCGAGUGGGAUGAUGUCUCAACCGCUGGGGUUGCUCCAAGUGAACAAAACUCAUUGGCUAGCAGUAAUAGUCCUGCUUUGGUUGCUAAUCCAGCCGGAACUGAGGUGCCUGAAUUGCCUGCGAAUAAUGACGAUAUCCCAACGGCAAUAGAAGCUGAUAAAUGAAGGAAGUAUAGUAUAUUCAUAAACGAUAAUCUAAAAAGAAUAACACCAUUUAUUGUAAUAAAAUCCUGUUGUAAUAAUGUAUUUUGUAUUUUCUUGUCUUUCUUUUUUUCGAGUAAUUAUUGUUAGGAGUAUUUGUUUGUUCUAAAUAAAAAAUAUAUUUUUUGUAAUUGGAUUUGUUUGACGAAAUUAAAAUUAAGAGUUUACUUGAUAGAAAUUGAUUGUUUAGGGAUUUAAGAAUUCUUUUGAAACGUAGAGAUCUUGAGUGUAAUUUUUGUAAUUUUUUGAAUACUAAAUAGUUUUUUUCGUUAUUUUUUCGUUUUAUCAAAUUUUCUGUAAUUAUUUUUUGUAUCA